AUGGGUAUACCUGUACUCAUACUUUUUAUUCCAUUCUUCAAUUAUGUGGGAACUAGUGACCCACCUUCUCAAGAAGACAAAAAAUUUAGGAUUCUAACUAUAGUCAAUCACCACUUCUACUGCCAAUUAUCGGGGAGCAAUGAGACUAUUAAUAUCAAUUCAAAAGGUUUUAUACUUGGUAAAAUAAUAAUAAUACAACAACAACAACAACAACAACAACAACAACAACAACAACAACAACAACAACAACAACAACAACAACAACAACAACAACAACAACAACAACAACAACAGCAACAGUAG